AAUGUUUUCGCAAAUUGUUUGAACUUUUGCACCGAGUUUUGGAUUUUUAAAGAAUUCAUGGGCGUUUAGAACACCAGAGAGCAUGUUUAGCUGAUGUGCGAAAAAGAAAGGAAAGUAGAGAUGACGAUAACUACUCAUAAGAAUCGGAGGAUUCAGUACCUGGCGGCCUUUUCGGUGUCUCUGGCUUCUUUGACGCUGGGCAUCUCAUCCGCUUGGCCCACGCCGGUGCUACCAAAGCUAAAGACAGGCGGUUUUGAAAUCAGCGAUGCCGAAAUAGGCUGGAUGAUGGCGAUGUCGUCACCAGGUUUCAUAGUGGGCAGCCUGGUCACUCGGUUCUUCGCCGACAGGUUCGGUCGGCGAGCAUCAGUCCUGAUCAGCGCGUGCCCCAUCGCCGUCGGCACGUUAGUGGUAGCGUUCGCUCUUAAGGCUUGGCUGCUCUACUUGACCAGGUUUCUAUGGGGAGCAGGAACAGGGAUGGUUAGCACAUUGGUGCCAAUGUAUAUAGGAGAAAUAUCAGACUCUGAAGUGAGAGCCACGCUGUCGCUGUUCACGCGCGUGAUGUUCAACUUGGGUAGCCUCCUGGUCAUGAGCGUUGGUAUGUUCGUCUCCUACGAAUGCCUCAACUACAUGCUGUUGGUUUUGCCCGGGGCAUACUUCGUGGCUUGCCUCUGGAUACCAGAGUCACCUUAUUAUCUGUUGAAGAGAGGAAGAGUGGGGGAGGCGAGAACAGCGUUGAUGAGACUUCGACAACGGAAGGAUGAGGAGUUGGAAGACAAGCUGGCUCGGUUGCAGGCCGAUGUUCGCAAUGAAACUCGCCGCUCCGGCUCGCUAAAGGAACUGAUGAUUGGUCGACAGUAUCGGAAAGCUGUGAUCAUUGCUGCAGGUUUGAAAGUGACUCAAAUAAUGACGGGUUCUAUGGCGGUACAACAGUACUUAAGCACAAUUCUUGAAGAGAGUAAGAUCACCAUGCAGAUGUCCACGGCCGUUAUUGUAUUUGGUGCUGUUCGGUUUGUUGUUGGUAUAAUGAGCUCCAUACUAGUGGACAGAGUUGGCCGUCGCCCCCUGCUUAUUUACUCUCUAUUAGGCACUGGUGUAUCCUUAGCUGCGGUUAGCACAUAUUUCUUCCUAAAAGAUAUCCUCGAACUAAGCCAAGAAUCUCUAAGCCCUUAUGCUUUUAUUCCUUUUGCCGGCAUAAUCAGCUCCACAGUUCUUUCAACGUUAGGCUAUAACUCUAUUAUAUUUGUCAUCCCAGCCGAAAUUUUUCCUUUAAAUGUUAAAGCUGUAGCCUUGUCUUCACUUAGCAUAUUUGGAGGUGUGUGUGGGUUCACCGUAGCCAAGGGAUUUCAGGUGUUGCAGAAUCUGGCAGGGUUCUGCGCUGUAUUCUGGGUAUUUGCAGGCGUAGCCUUUGCUGGAGUAAUAUUUACCAUGUUAUAUGUACCUGAGACAAAAGGGAAAAGUCUAAAAGAUAUACAGGUUCUCCUGCAGGGAGACUUGUACUAUGAUGAUGGGUCAAAGUUGAAUGAAGUUAAAAAUGCUAAAAAUAAUGAAUGUGAGAAUGAGUUGCAAGAGAUAAGUCUGAAGGAUGUUAAGUGUUAAUAGUUUAAU